AGGACAGAGCCCCCAGCCCGGGCGCCAGGCCCCCUCCCCGCCCGCCACCACGGAGAAGGAGGAGGACAGCCAGCCCCUCCGGCCCUGGCCUGGCCCAGUGCGGGCAGUGCACUCCUACCUGCCCCUGGCUUGGUGCCCAGACGGGCCCAGCCGACAGAUCCAGGGCACACGCAGCCGCUCGAUGCUCACACGGAUGGCAGUGCUCUGACCUGCAGGCCAGGAGGCCGCGUGUGCAGGACUCUUAGGAGACAUCGCAUGAGCAGCCCAGCGUGGUGACCGCCGUUCCCCAGCUGCCCAUCCUCCUACGGCCACACCAUGUCCGGCUCCUACGAUGAGGCCUCGCUAGCUCCGGAGGAGACCACUGACAGCUUCUGGGAGGUGGGGAACUACAAGCGGACGGUGAAGCGCAUCGAUGACGGGCACCGCCUGUGCAACGACCUGAUGAACUGCGUGCAGGAGCGCGCCAAGAUCGAGAAGGCGUACGCGCAGCAGCUCACCGACUGGGCCAAGCGCUGGCGCCAGCUCAUCGAGAAAGGCCCACAGUAUGGCAGUCUGGAGCGGGCCUGGGGCGCCAUUAUGACGGAGGCAGACAAGGUGAGCGAAUUGCACCAGGAGGUGAAGAACAGCCUGCUGAACGAGGACCUGGAGAAGGUCAAGAACUGGCAGAAGGACGCCUACCACAAGCAGAUCAUGGGCGGCUUCAAAGAGACCAAGGAGGCUGAAGAUGGCUUCCGGAAGGCCCAGAAGCCCUGGGCCAAGAAGAUGAAGGAGCUAGAGGCAGCCAAGAAGGCCUACCACCUGGCCUGCAAAGAGGAGAAGCUGGCCGUGACUCGGGAGAUGAACAGCAAGACGGAGCAGUCGGUCACCCCCGAGCAGCAAAAGAAGCUGCAGGACAAAGUGGACAAGUGCAAGCAGGAUGUGCAGAAGACACAGGAGAAGUAUGAGAAGGUGCUGGAUGACGUGGGCAAGACCACACCCCAGUACAUGGAGGGCAUGGAGCAGGUGUUUGAACAGUGCCAGCAAUUUGAGGAAAAGCGGCUGGUCUUCCUCAAGGAGGUGCUGCUGGACAUCAAACGUCACCUCAACCUCGCCGAGAACAGCAGCUAUGUCCACGUGUACCGGGAGCUGGAGCAGGCCAUCCGGGGGGCUGACGCCCAGGACGACCUCAGGUGGUUCCGCAGCACCAGCGGCCCCGGCAUGCCUAUGAAUUGGCCCCAGUUUGAGGAGUGGAACCCAGAUCUCCCUCACACCACCACCAAGAAGGAGAAACAGCCCAAGAAGGCAGAGGGGGUGACACUGACCAAUGCCACUGGGGUGGCAGAGUCCACAUCCCAGGCUGGGGACCGUGGCAGCGUUAGCAGCUACGACCGGGGUCAGACUUAUGCCACCGAGUGGUCGGACGACGAGAGCGGGAACCCAUUUGGAGGCAGUGAGGCCAACGGGGGCUCCAACCCCUUCGAAGACGACGCCAAGGGAGUGCGUGUGCGGGCCCUCUACGACUACGACGGCCAGGAGCAGGACGAGCUCAGCUUCAAGGCUGGAGAUGAGCUCACCAAGCUGGGCGAGGAGGACGAGCAGGGUUGGUGCCGCGGGCGGCUGGACAGCGGGCAGCUGGGCCUCUAUCCUGCCAACUACGUGGAGGCCAUCUAGCUGCCCCGCUUCCCUCCCCACUCCCCCUCCCUCCUCGUCCGCCCCUCCCCUCCCUGUCCACUCUUGUCCCCCUCCCUUUGCCAUAGAGUUCCAGACAUAUUUUCCGAUCAAGCUUUUAUUUUUUUAAAAGUCAAAACAGAACAAAACAAAAAGUAGAAAGAGACUGAGCAUUUGCAGGGCCGCCUGGAGGCCAAGGUGGUGGGACUCGGGUGACGGCCCCAGGGUAGGUGAGGGUCUUAGGACUUAGCCCAACAGAGACAUCACAACAUCUGCUCUUCAGACCCCACCAAAGAGCCUCCUGAGCCCUGAGGGGCGUCUCCUGGACCCUUCCAUCCUGCCUCGCUCCGCCAGCCUGCCCCUCCCCCCAGGCUGCCAGCACCUGCCCCCCUGCCUCUGGGCCAGGUUUCCUGACCUCUUCCUCCUGCCCCACCCCGCUCCCCUUCCACCAGCUCCCCUCGAAGGCCUCCCCUCCAGACCCCAGAGAAGGGGGCCUCCCAGUCCUUGGUCUUCCACUUCGCCCUGGGGGAUGCCCUUCUUCUCCCAGGCUCACCCCACAGGACUGGUGGGGCUGGACGAGGAAUGGCCACCCUCUUCUCCCAUAGAGGUUUCUAGGGCUCCCUAGACUCCCCCAGACAUGAGGAAGGGUGAGCUGGAGUCGGUGACAGUGUCGCUGGGUGUAGGAGGGGGAGUGAAGGGGGAGCAGACCCUCAGCCUUCCCACUCGAGGCUCAGCUGAGGGACCCAGACCCUGCUGGGGCCUUUCCCAGCUGUCAGCACUGGGCACAGGCUCCUCCUCGGAGCCACACCCCUCAGUCCCCUACAGAGACCCCGCCCCUCUCAUAAUCCUCAGGCAUGGGGGAGGGGCCCCAAAGCCCAGGGCAAAGCCAGCAACAGUAGCAGCCUCCUCCCGGUUUCUGGGGAGGAGGGCAUCUUGCCUACCUGCCCCCACCAUGUCCAUCUAAAACCAUAGGCCCGCUAGGGCUGGCCAGCCUCUAUGAGACCCAGCCUUGUGGCCUCCCAUCUCUCUCUCCCCUUCUCUGGCCCCCUAGAGAGUCACUGCGGGGCCCAUGGGAGCUUCCAGCCCGGGACCAGCGGGGGAAAGCCUGCAGCCAAUGGGAGCCGCAGGGGUUUGGCAGGAGCCAGGAGCCCUGGCCUCAGGACCAGGAUGGUCACCAUGUCUUUCUUCCUUGUCCCCUCCCCCCAACCCCAGCCCUGGCCCCUGGAGAACAUUCUCCCUGCUGGCAGCCCCUCCUUAUCUCCAAGCCUGAGUCUCCAUUACAGGAGUUUUGGUGGCCGGAGGAGGCAGAGGACCCCCCGCCCCCAGAACAGGAGUGUUUCCCACGGCUGGUGGAAGACAGUGGUGCUGGGUUACCGAGUAUCAGUGCCCAUGGGGGAAGAGGCGGGGUGUGACCCAGGCAGGACAGGACCCCAAGAGGGGGGAUGGCUAAAUGAGGAGUCUCCUGGAACCUCUGGGACGAGGCCCUGAGACAUCCUGCAGCACCAGGUGACCUUGCUCAGGGCUGAUGCCACUUCUGGGCCUCAGACUGCAGACACCUCCCCUCCCACAGCACCUGGCUCCCUGGGCCUCCAGGUAACAGCCCCUCUGUCAUCCCUCCGUCCUCCUUUGCUCCCUGCUUCUUCUCCCAACAGCUCACUGUUAGGAGGUCAUAGACCCCAGCCUCAAGACCCCGACCCUGCUCGUGUGGACACGGAGGAUCCCGGCAGAGUCUGGCAGGAGCCUGAGCUGGGGCAGGCCUCCCUCAGGGCCAGGGGAGUCGGGGGGCGGCACCCCCAGGGACAGGCAAACUUCCCCCAGCACCUCCAUUCUUGUCACUGUCGGUCUCUGGGCCUCUACUGCAGCCUGAGAUGUGCCCUAAGCCCCUCAGAGCCUGCAGCAAGAUUUCGGAAGCCCUCAGCUCCCAGCUCCAGAACAAAGGCCUCCUCAGCCUCGCCCCCAGGCAGGGGUCGGGGUUGGGGCCCGCCCCUCACUGCUUGCCCUCGGAUGGCAGGAGGCCGGCACCUGCUCCUUGGGGCCUGGGCUCCCCCUCUCUGUGCCAGCAGCUUCUCAGCACCUGGGGAGGGGCUGUGGUCCUGGCUGGACCCCAGGCCUGUCCCCCUCAGCCCUCUAGCUGCCCAGUCCAGGGCAGGGACUUGAAACCCCCUUCAUUCUGAGUAACCACCUCCAUGGCCCCAUUUGGGACCACUCUCUCUUGGUCCCCAGGCUCCUCAGGACCCCAGAGUGGGAGGGUCCCCCACCUGGAAGUCCCCUGAGCUCUGGGGCCCAGCCCCACCUGUCAGUGCUGGUGUCAGGGCACUCAACACCGAUCGUGGGGGCCACGCCCUCACUGUGCCCACUGCCUCCUGUAGCCCUCUGCUCCCCCAUGCUGCACGGGCCCACCCUGCGGGCUCGGCGAGUGAAGUGUUUGUCCCUGUUCACCACCGUUCUGCGCCCGGCUCUGCGAGGGGCCGGGCUGCCCGCUGCCCACCGUCUGCCGCCCUUGGCUUCUGACUCCAUUAGUCCGACACUUGUGAAACUCCGAGAAGUGCUGUGGUCUCAGCAAUGCACCUGUUUUGUACAUGAUUGUGUAAUUUAAAGGUAUAUAAAUACAAAUAUAUAUAUCUAUAAGUUGUGACUGUAUGACUGUGGAUAAACUCCAGAACUGUG